UUUUUGUAGUUGAGCAAUUUUCAGUAUUGAAGGCAGCGCGUUUCUUUCAGUGGCACCGUUCCCUUGCCGAGGAAGGGGGCAGUCGCUGGUCCUUUCACACAGACGUUAACGAAUUGUUUUUUUAUUCUACUGUAUUCAGUAGAAAAAAAUCAACCUAAAUAAGAAGAUUCAUCUGAUGAACCAUUCUAGCCUCUCAUAGCUUCCUAACAACGAGCAUGUACUAAAAUUGCACUCUUAGGAGUCAGAACAGCAUUCAGUCAGACGUUGUUUUGGUUCGUUAGCUGUCCUAUCACCAGGUACAGUCAUUUUGGAGUAUUUUUAGGGAUAAGGGGAAUCUUUCCCAGGGAAAUUGGGGAUGGCAAGCACUCAUAUCUCAGCGCAGCUUCCCCCAGAUAUAGACCCCACAAAAGCUCCUAUUGCAUUUGGAAGGAGGGCCCUUCCUAAACUGAACGAGGAGAUCCAAUCUCCCGACCUGCUGACUCAGCAGCAGGCAUUGAUGGCACUCUGUGAUCUGGUCCAUGACCCAGAAAAAGUCUACCAGGCAAUACAAAUAGGAUUUGUGGAGAACCUGAAGAAAUUGCUGCUGCAUCAUGACAGUACCGUACGACAAAAAACAACAGAAAUCCUCUGUAUAAUGGCCAUGCAUAAUGUUGGCAGGCAAGGGUUGAUACAAAAGGGAGUAAUACCUGCCCUCGCUGAGCUCUUGGAUGAUCCAGUAGAUACUUGUCGGAAGAACACACACCAAGUUUUUGAAAUGAUGGCAAAGUUACCUGAAGGGGCUGCUGACAUACUGCAUGCUGGUUUGAUUCCCUUACUUAUGUUCAAACUGAAGUCUGAGUUGGAUGAGAUCCAGGAGCUAAUCCUAGACACACUCUCCAACUGUCUGCGUGUGGAUGCUUCUGAAGCUCUAUCAUGUGGUGCCAUUACCAUCCUGAAGGAAAAGCUCACACAUUCAUCGGUGACCAUCAGAAGCAAAGCAGCUUGGGUCCUUUUAGCAAUUGGUACCCAUCCAGAGGGAAAAAUCGUGGUAGGUGAAGUUAUUCCUGUGCUGGUGAGCCUGUUAGAAGACACGGAUCCUGAAGUCCAAGCUAGCACAACAGGAGCACUGAUGUUUGCCACCGUUAAACCUCAGGGGAGAUUCUCAGCCCUAGGUGCUGAAGCCAUUCCACCUUUACUGAAGUUGGUUGCUGGGGAAACCAGCAAAGCCCGUCUGAGCGCAAUCAAAACCCUCACCAUGCUGGCUGAGCUACCGGAGGGCCGCAGGAAACUCCUAGAUCAUACAGACACGUUUCAGCAGUGUCUGAAUGAUCCCUGUGAGGCAGUGAAAAGAGCUGCCGAAAUUGCCAUCCGUGUCAUCAAAUGGAAACCUUUCUGAAGAUGUGAUGUUUCAUAGAGAUCUAUUGCCCUCUGUUGUUAUCUUGCUGUAAAAGUUGCAUGAUUAUAUGUGACCUUCAAAAACAAAACUCUUUCUCAGUUACUCAGAAACAGUUCCUCCUGAAAAGUCAUUUCUCAACUGUUUCACAUCUCUCUUAUAGGUCACAAGCAGAGCAAUGGAGAAAAAGGAAAGGUAGCAAGUUUAGAACUCUCCUCCAGGAGUUAUUUCCUGAGAUACCAAGUUUUUUCUGUCAUACAAGAAACUGAUCCUUCGUGUAGCCUUCGUAUUCUCUCUUUUUUCUGUUUCUUUUUUAAUCUCAGCCUGUCGUAUACCAAUCAAUAACUAAUUAUGUUAGAAAGAAAGGUUCAUAAUUAACCUCUUCAGCAGUCUUGGCUGUGCUGGGAAAUUGACCUAGCAAAAAGCAUUUACAUGAGUUUUGUUGCAAACAUAUGUUGAACACAGGAUUAGAACCAUUUAGAGCAUCAUCAUUGAAAAAAAAAAUCAAUGGCAAUGUCAUAGAAAAGCUUCCCCUAGGGAAGUCUGAGGCUUUCCCAGCCUGAAGUAUAGCCAAAUUCUUUUCAGCACCAUUCAAAUAAAUUCUGUCACUGACAAGACUUGCCAGCAAUGAAUCUGGUGCAGGGCCCUAGUGUCCCAUGCUAAGAACGCCUCCACCCAUCCCUCCCUGUGAUGAGGUUUAUCCAUGGGAUGCUCCAAUGCCCCCAGCUGAUAGCAGCCAGCACUGUACCUCAGUGGACCCUUCUGAGCCCCUUCUUGCUGAGUGCCUGCAGCCCCCCCCCAGCCUGAGCUCCAGCCAUGGCCCAUGUUCUUAACCUGCUGGGCAUCUCAGCAGGCAGCCUUUCCCCCUCCAUGUGCUUGGUGCCAGGCUCAGGGUCAUCACGUGCAGCUAUCCACGCUUACAGUAAUGAGAAAAUAAGCCAGCAAGGCUUUACUGAGGUAGCCCUUGGAAAGCACGGCUGGGGAACCCAGUGCCUCCAACAGAAGAGGGAUCAGCCCAGUCUGAAGUUGGUUAGAUUAUGGAACAAACGUGCCUCUGCAUUUGGCUGUUACUUGGUGUUUUGUACUUGUGUAGAGCUGUGGUCUACCCUUUGACUAAAAAAAAA